AUGGAGAAUAACAAAAACGUUUUCUUCGAUAAUGUUGACGAAAUUAUUUUAUCAUUUCUUACGCAUCACUUAGCCAGUCUAGCGGACCCCGAUACUUGUCAACAAAUCAUAUGCGCGGUGAAAAGUGGUGAAGAAUUACAAUAUAAUUUACUUUACCAAAUUCAAACCUUAGCGGGAAAUAAUGACGAUGUUGAAGGCUCACUCUGUGCCAAACACAUCCUAUAUGCAUAUGCUACCUGGCACAGCAGUUUUAUAGAACCAACGUACUUUGCGGAUCUGAGCGAACUACUGAAGUCAGCAGAUUCUACUAUGCGUCAAUGCAUUCUGUGGGCAUUUGCAUCGACAAUGCCAUGCACUACCAUUCUCAUACCAACGAUAAUUGAGUGCCUAUAUGAAUAUUUACACGACUCUGCGUUACAAUGGAUUGUACUGUUUAUAUUUCGAAAGAUGUCAGAAAAUGACGAGUAUAUUCAAUUAGUUUCCGAUGAUCGAUGGAUGUCGAUAAUAAGUUUAUCGAACGAUUUGGAAUUAAAAGAGCAAGCCCGUAUAACAGUCAUUCAUACAAUGCUCAAUAUUUGUCGAAAAAGAAAACAAUUAGCAGAUCAUAUCAAACUCGAACUGGAGAAAAUAAUUAUAAGCGAUAGUACAACGAAGAAAUUUCUUGUUGUUGCCACCAAAACUCUAUACAAGAUUGUCAUAAAUGGAGCACGCGUGAGUUCAAGUACAUUAGACAGGUUAUAUGAAUUGGCAGCCAACAGAGAUAAUUCGAUAAUUGAAUGUGUUCAAGAACUUCUCGAAUUUCUCGGCGAUGAGCGAAAUGUGUCGAAGGUAGUACUGCAUAGUUUAAGUUCGGAUGUAAAAAGAGAACUUGUUGUUACUCGAAAUACGUUAAUCGUGCAUUCACAAGAAAAUGUUAUCGCGCCUCUUACUGAUUCAGUAAAUUUUGAUCAUUUACUCGAUACAGUUGUUGACUUUGAUUGCACGAGCCAUAUUGAAAUUCGGCCGACACUUAUCGAAACAGGUGAUAAUCAAGCUUGGCAUCGUCGAACUGUAAGCGAAAUAAACCAUCUUGGUUUGCUAGCAAAACAAGGAAGUCUAAAGUCGCAAGACUUCCAUUACUUGAGCGACAAGAUGGACAAUGGUUGGCGCUGGCUUUCUAUAACACGGCGAACUACAAUGCAGAAGCUUGUUGCUACUGCCUUUUUAGAUGCUACGAACGCUGGGCAAACUCUACCAGAGCAUGCUAUUGACGUCAUGAUCGAUAAGUUGCUGAGUACGGAAUACGAAUUGGGUUUAAUUUGUGCUGAGUGUCUACUAGUAGUAACACGUCGAGAUGGAUCGCUUCAACCAAGACAUAUUGAAAAAAUCGAACGAAAGUUAGAUGAAUGUCGGAACUAUCAAGUCGGUUUUGUCAAAGAGAAGAUUAUUGAACUUUAUGCUCUAUGUGUGAAGAAUGGUCAUCAUGUAACAUUGAAUCUCGAGUCUAUCGAAGAUAAUCUAAUUUCAAACGAAACGUCUGACAAAGUUAGCUAUCUAUACUUCAAAGCAGCGGCUGUAGGAAAGCGAAUAUUUUCACCGAAACACAUGAAGAUCCUAUGUGACAUGGCAAAAUUAAAAGAUCGUUCUCUGAUGACGCGGCGCAACUGUCUAGGGGCUCUUCAGUACAGUAUUAAGAACAUGGAAAGAAAAUGUUCGCUCAAACCCGAGCUGAUCGAUCGGCUUGGAGAGAUUUUGCAAGAUGCGAAUGAUGAUCUUCGACAGUCAACUGCUGUGACAUUAUGCUUGAUUGGUAAUGAUGAAAACUCACGUCUGCCCAAUCGUAUUCUUGAAGGGCUUACAGUUAUGUUACAGUGUGAAGAUCAGAAGUUGGUAUGCAAUAUCUUAUCUAUCUAUAUGAAGUUAGUCAAAGCAAAAGAACGUCUAUCCACCGAAAUUCUUGAUAAACUCGUUAAUGUUUUCUUCCGACCAGACAACGAUUUUCUCUUGCGCCAACAGACGAUUUGGAUACUGAAAUAUGUGGUUGAUAACGAUCAAGAUUUACCUUCUCCAGUACUGAAGGCAAUCGAAGUCUGUCUUGAUGACUCUGAGUCUCAUAUUCGUAAUACUGCCGGACUCGCCUUCAUUCAAUACUGGCACAAAAAAGUCAAGAAACAACAUUUACUGACAACAGAAACCGAAGCGAUUCCUCAAGUAGUCAAACUUUUGAAGAUUGCAGUUGUUUACCAAGGUCAUAUUUUAUUGGAACGAACCAUUGCUCAUCUGGGUUGUUUACUCUUUGGAAAAAGUCAUCUUAGUAAUAUUGCUAUUUUACUUCAACUUGCCGAUCGCAAUCAACCGCUGCCAAGUGAUAUCAUUCAUCUUCUUCGACAGCACUAUUGUGCCGAUGUUCUUCGCUAUUCGAAUGUUUCGAUAAGCAAGGAAAAAGCUGCGAAUGAGUUGUUAACUAUGACUUCCACUGGACAACACAUGCCAGGAUCGGUUGUAGAAACACUUUUCAAACUAUUAAACUCGUCACAAUUAAGAUCAUCCCUGUUAACGAUCUUUGUUAACAUAAUAGAUAAUGGACAACGCUUUGAGCACCAUCGGAUAGACUUUUUCUGGCGAAUUCUUCGGAGAUCUGAAGAAGAAUCACUGAUUAAUUUGAUGAAAAUAUUCACCCACCUCAGCCGUCAGAACUAUUUAAUCUCCGACGAAAUCGUUCGUUAUUUGAGCAACUUCUUGGACAAACCACUGGUCAGCGUUUAUGUCGUUGAAAUCUAUCAGCAUCUUAUUGAACAUCACAAGUCACUUGACCGGCACAUUGUCCAAAAAAUCCUUCGAUGCUCUAACUCAAAUGCACUGCUUGCUGUUGAGCAGAAUCUACAACAUCGGUUGAUCAUGUGUUCAAAAACGAUUGCCCACCGAUGGCCAGAAGAGAUCAACCAAGCAGAUCUUCCAUCACUUCUCGAUUUAUAUUCAUCAUCACCUACAAUAAGUCAGGAUAUUUAUUCUAUUAUUGAAGCUUUACUUAGAAAUGGUCUGAUAUUGAUACCGGAUGUCGUUGAGAAACUCAAACAUCUAUUAAAUCAUUGCGAUAAUGCCGAAAUUCUGUCAACAGUAUCGAAAAUCCUCGUAUGUGCUCAGUCAAUCAAACAAGUAGUUCAUAUCGAAGAGGAUGAAAGUUUUGUUCAAGAUUUAAACAAAUUCUCGCAUGCAUUAUACACGGAUGAUGUCAAUUUAAAAAUAGAAGCGGCAAAUACGAUUUCACAACGACGACUUCUUUCCACUCAAAUACUCAGUGCUAUUUUUACUACUUUACGCGAUGAAACAAUUAAUGCGAUUACAAUUCCCCUACUAUUCCAAGCAUCGGUAACCCUACCAUCAUCUGUCCUUGAUGACCUCUUGUACGUAAUGAUUAGUUCGGAGCACUAUCUGCAACUAUUCUUUGCAUACGAACAGGAUUGGAAUCAAGUGGAAAGUGUUGCAACGAUGCUGCAGUCAUCGAAUCAAGCCGAUGUGUCUCGUGCUUUGCAGAUUUUCCAAGGAAUGCUGGCUCUUGAUCAACGAAUUCCAUGCGAAGUUUUCCUAGCCUGUGCUUGGUUAUUGAGUAUUCAUAAAGAUUUAACGUCGGGUAUACUCAUUGAAGCAUUGAAACAUGACAUCGAAAUGGACGCUGAUGUUUAUGAAGCAAUACAAGAUGUUUUUCUAGUUUAUCAGUCGAAACAGAUGUUUAAACUGAUCCAAAUUUUGACACAGAAGAAAAUCGUCUUACAAUUGGAAACGUUAGAAAUUCUUAGCAAACAAAUCACGAUUAGUGAAAGUGUCUUAGCUCUCGAAGGCGCUGCUCGAAAUCAACUGUUACCAAAAGAAAUCCUUUCAUGUCUCAUAUCUCAACUUUCCAAAGAGUCAUCUCUAAGAACCCUUUCUGUUCUUCGAUAUCAAAUGUUGCAGGGAGCUGUCGAAGAUCUUCUGGAAUACCUAACGAAACUUCGAUUUCCUGCAAUAGUUGACGAUGAAAAAUUAUCCCAAUUGAAAACAUUCGAUCAAUAUCUCGGUACAUUGCAUACUCUACUCUUCAUUAAUUAUUUUGACUCGACCGUAUUCGAUUUAACACCAGAACAGUGGUCCCGAGAAUGUUUGUGCGUUGAGCUCUUGACUGGAUGUGCAAACAAUGAACCCGAUGAAAUCGUCGGUUUGUAUCAUCAUUUAACUCUACUUGAACAAUAUAAAGAGUACGAUUUGUACGAUGAUGAACGUGAUCUUAUCCUCCAGGAACUCAUUCAAAAACAACGAACAUAUUCCUUAAGUCUUUCACAUAUCAAUCAGAUCCUAAUCUGUUUACAAACGUUAACUGAUCAUUCACUUGAAAUUCUCCAAUCAGAUGACACAAAUUGGUUUAUCAAUCUUCGCCGAUUUUUCAUUCAAGGCAAACUGGACGAAUGCCUCUGUAAUGCUAUCUAUUCGCGAGUCACCAUCAACCACCUUGCCGAUCGGAUUGCUAAACAAGACGUGAUUUCGGCUGACAUGAUCGAAAUUUUCCUGAGAAGUGUUCAACAACCUGAACAUAUCAUCACAUAUCUCGACAUGAUUGAAAAACAUCAAAUUACCAACACCGAGCUCACUCAACUCUUUUCUAAUGUAUCGAAUACUAAAGAUUUCAUAUCUUUAGUGCGUGAAAUCGAAUUGACCGUUGUCAAUCGUCUUCUCGUACGUCAAUGGCACGGUCCUCAAGCACAAUUGAUAUCCGCUCGCGGUUAUUUGCAUCGAUUACUCGAACUAGGAUGGAUGCUAGACAAACUGAUCGGAAUGCUCAGCUAUGUCCGAACUGAAGCUGACUCGUGUCAGAGUCUUGCUCACUUCGUCGAUAGUUUGAAGACAAUAUGCCAAUAUAAAAUGAAGGACGAUAUCGUCGCUAUUCUAAUUAUUCUUGAUCGGAAUCAUGAUAGCGGGCGAUUGUUACAGGUGUUGACUGGUGAAGGCAAGUCAACGAUUGUUUCCAUAUUGACUGUGAUUAAAGCCAUACAAGGCAAACGCGUUGAUAUCGUCACCAGUUCAAUAACAUUAGCGAAACGUGAUGUAAAUCAGUGGAAAUCGUUUUAUGAAAUGUUCAAUUUGACUGCUGCGCAUAACAACGAUGAGACAAAUUAUGUCGAAGGAUUCAAAUGUUGCUAUAAGGCGAACAUUGUCUAUGGUACAGCUAGUCAAUUCCAAUUUGAUAUUUUACGCGAUGAAUUCAGUUUAUUGAAAACGCGUGCUGAUCGACCCUUUGAUUUGGUUAUUAUCGAUGAAGUCGAUAGUAUGCUAAUCGAUGAAACAAACGCUACUGCUCGUCUUGCUGACCACCUGCCAGGAAUGGAAUGGUUAAAUCCUCUUUUAUGUCAAAUUUGGCAAAUAAUCAAUAAGUUUUCCGAUCCGAUCUCAAAUAGAGAUCAGAUUCUGAAAACGGCUCGAUAUUUUAUUUAUAACUCCAAAACACAAUUGAAGUAUCCUGCUCAUUUGAGUGAUUUCGUAUCUAGUUCUCUACCAUUAUGGAUUGAUCACGGUAUUCAGGCCAAAGUUGAGUAUCGCCUUGAUUACCAGUACAUCAUAAAGAAAGAUGAAAUGGGAACAUUACGUAUCAUGCCCAUCGAUUAUUCAAACACUGGUGUCAUUCAAUGUCAUACAACAUGGAGUGAUGAUUUACAUCAAUUUCUUCAAAUCAAACACGGAUUAAAAAUGACACCGCUUACUGUCACAACGAAUUACAUGUCAAAUUACGAUCUAUUCACUCGAUAUAAAAACGAAAUUUAUGGAUUCAGUGGCACACUCGGUUCUCCUGAUGCUCAGGCGCCUCUAAGCAAGAUUUAUCAAGUUGAUAACAUUGUCAUACCACCUUGCAAACCAAAACGACAUUAUCAACUUGAGACUGUUUUACCGUCAACGGAUGAGGAUUGGUUGAAUACUAUCGUUCAGAAUACGAUUGAUCAUGUCAAUAAACGUCGUGCGGUGUUAGUCAUUUGUGAAACACGGAUCGAUGCAAAGACAAUCUUCAAAGAACUGCAACGACAGCAGCCGACAACUCUUUCGUUUAAUCAACCGAAAUUUUGUUUGGGUGCUGUUUGGAAUAAAUCUGCAAUUACUUUUGCUGAUCAAAACAUUAUUGGAACACAUCCCCAUGCUCUUUUUAUAAACACAAACAACACAAUCUAUUCAAUCAAUCGGAGUACAAAACAAAUUCUAAUCUGGGCGAAUCAAAGUUCAAAUCCAACAAAAAACAUUUCGGGGAAUUUCAUCAAUUCAUUUUCGAUAUUUGUGACAAAUGUUGGAGAUAUUUUUAUCGAUAAUGGUCAGUCGAACAAGCAAGUUAAGCAAUGGAUUCAACGAAAUGAAAGUUUCAUCACUGUCAUGAGUGUCGAUUCUCAAUGUUAUGGUUUGUUUGUCGAUCAAAAUAAUUCGUUAUAUUGCUCAAUGUCCAAUCAACAGAAAGUGGUGAAGAGAUGGUUGAACGAUGUUGAUUUGAAACCAAAACUUGUUGCUGGAAAUGGCACUAAUGGUUCUGCUCUCAAUCAACUUUCUUAUCCUCGGGGAAUAUUUGUUGAUGUGAAUUUCGAUUUAUAUGUGGCAGAUUUAGAAAAUAAUCGUAUCCAACAAUUUGAAGUUGGGCAGUUAAAUGGAAAAACGAGAGUGGGAAACGGAUCUUCAUCUGUCACAAUUACACUCGAUCGUCCAAGUGGAAUUGUUCUCGAUGCACAAAAAUAUCUUUUCAUUGUGGAACAUGGAGGAGAUCGUAUAAUUAGAGAAGAUGCGAAUGGUUUUCGAUGUUUAGUUGGAUGUGAUGGAAAAGGUUCACAAUCUCGUCAAUUAUCCGGUCCAAAUACUCUGAGUUUUGACAUUGAUGGAAAUAUUUAUGUUAGUGAUUGGGGAAAUCAUCGAAUUCAAAAGUUUAAUUUUGAAAAAACAUCGUGUCAAAACUCUUCAUUUAUUGAAACAACAAAAAAAAUGCAACAAAAUGAAAUGACAACGAUUGAAAAUAUCUUACAAAGCCAACAAACGAUAAAAGAAGAAACAACAGAAUUUUCCACAACAAUGAACCAAAUUUCGACAAAUUUUCCAAAAAGCGAAAAAAAAUGUUCGAAUGUUGAAAUUGAUUUCAUUCCUCAUUCAACAUUUUCAUCACCAAUUCAAAUUCGUCGAAAUCGUGAUUUUUAUAUUUUAUCGAAAAUUCGAUUCGAAUGUUCAAAAUCAUUUCAAAUGAAAUCUCAAUGGAAAGUCCGAAAUUGUACAAAAAACUGUACAGAUGAACUUUUGUUCGAUUCGAUUGAUUUCACUCGAACUGAUUUGUACAUUCCUUCAACAACAUUUCCAUAUGGAAUUUAUGAAUUUACUCUUCAUAUUCAAUUGAAAGAUUAUCUUCAUAUUCGAUCGUCAAAAUCAAUUUAUAUUCAAAUUAAUCCAACAGGAAUCACUGCAAAUCUUGUUCCAUUGGGAACAUCGAUGAUCACAUCUGGUUAUGAAGAAGAUCUUUAUCUAAAUCCAGGAAAUUAUUCCAAUGAUCUUGAUGGUUUUGAAUUCAAUUCGACAGAUUGGAUUUAUCGAUAUUAUUGUCGAAUUUAUGGAACAUAUAAAAUUCAAAGUGAAUUCACAACGAAUGCACAAUCAUCGAAUGAUUCGUCAGAUCUUUCGUGUUUAUUCAAUUCAUCAAAAUACGAAUUUGUCGGAAGAAGAUUUCCGAAAGAAUCUUCAAUAAGAAUCUUUUCGAAUUCGUUUCAAUUAAAUGAAACAUAUCAAUUUAUGGUUCUAAUGAAUAAUCGUCGAAAUGUGACAAUUUAUGCAUCUGGUUUCGUUCUUGUUCAAAUUAAAGAUUUGCAAAGACCAAUGAUCAUUAUCGGAUGUGUCAUUUCAACACUUUGUUCAUCAAAUCUCGAAUAUCAAUUGAUAAAUCCAACAACACAAGUCGCUUUGUAUUCAUUUUGUUAUCGGAAUUGUCGUUCAAAUGAAAUUAUUCAAUGGAAUAUUUAUUAUCCAUCACAAAAUUCAACUCAUUGGAUUUUAUUCUCUCUGAGGAAUUCUUCGUGGUUUUACGGACAAACAACGAAGAAUUUCACUUCAACAAAUGAUUUAUUUUUGAUUCAUCCUGAGAUAAUUUAUUGGCGAUAUGAAGUUGUUUAUUCAUUUGCCGAUGAAAUAAGUGUCAGUGCAUUGAAUUUUAAAAUAAAUUCUAAACCAUCAAAUGGAACUUGUUCAAUCGAUCGAAUCAAUGGAACAAUCGAAACUUUGUUUCAAAUCAAAUGUCUCGAUUGGCAAAUCGAAGAUAAUAUCAAAGAUUAUUCUUUGUUUUAUUGGUCGAAAGAUCCAACAAAACGAACAAUCGUUGCUUUUUCACCAAUUUCCAAUUUCACUGUUCGUUUUCCAGCUGGAAAUUUUCAUCUUCUUGUUCAAAUUCGUGAUUUAAUGAAUUCAAUCACUGAAUUUAACAUUUCAUCAACUAUUUCCGUCACUUCACAAGAAACAAAAGGUUUAUUAGUUGAAUUACAUGAAAAUCACGAUCAAAAUUCCAUUGGACAAAUCAUUAGUUCGAUUUCUCAACAAUUUAAUCAAAUGGCCAAUGAAAAUCGUGAAAAAGCGAUACAAAAUGGAAUUUCAUCAACACAAAUUUCUGUUUCUUCAUUGGGACAAAAUCGAACUUCUCCAAAUGAUUUUCUCUCCAAUCAAUCAGCAAUGAAAGAAUUCAACGAACAAAUGAAUUUUCAAGCAGAAUUUCGAGAGAAUUUAAGUGAAUUCAUAAGAAACAUUCGUCCGAUGACAAUUGAAAGUAUGAAAUUACAAUUAUCAACGUUAAUUCAACUCACCGAAACAACAAAUCAAUUAACAAGACAAACUCUCAAAUGUUCUCAAUUAUCGAAAGAUCUUCAUUCUUUAUCAAAUAAAGUUCCGUAUGAAGAUAUUCAAAUGACCGGUCAACAACUUCUUCAAUGUUCUGCCAAUAUCUUAACCGGUGUCAAUGGAGUUUUACAACAAAGGACAAAUCUCUUAAAAUCUGAUUUUCAGAGUUCAACGAAAAUGCCUGAUGAUUAUGAUACAAAUUUGGAUUCAGAUUGGUCAAAUUUGAAAUUAUUCGUUGAUGAAAAUGAUUUUUCAAUGGAGAAAAUCAAUGAAAAUCGAAAUCGAUUUUAUCAAGAAAAAUUCGCCAAAGAAAUGAUUGAGAAAGUCGAUGAAAUGAUUUCAUUGGUCACUUCAUCAUUUAAUAUUCAUUUAAAUCUUGGACAGAAGAUGAUUAUCGAUACACCAGAAACAUUUGUUUCAUUCGAAUCAGUUUCAAUCGAAUCAAUUUCAAACAAAUCAAUGAAACAAGUUGGAGGAGCAGAAAUUCAUCUUCCAUCGAAUGUCACAUCUUCUCUCCAAAACAAUUCACCUGUUCUUCUCUUAAGAUCAAUGAUGGAACGAUUAGCCAUUUAUGAUACGAAUAGCAAUACGAAUCUUUCGACGAUGAUUUCAUUGACAAUUCUUGAUCGAAAUGGAAAUGAAAUUCCAUUUGAAACAACAAAACAAAAUCCAAUUCGUUUGGUAAUUCAACGAGAUCCAAAUGUUGUGAUUCCACCAAUGAUUUAUCAUAAUGUUUCAACAUUUAAUUCUUCUUAUCAUAAUCAAACAUUUCAUUAUCAUUUUGUGAAUAUUUCAUCUUCUUUACCAAUUUCCAUUCAUCUCGAAUUCGAACCAAUCGAUGUGAAUUUAUCUUAUUUGUUAAUUUAUAAAUUUGAUCAAAUUCCUCGAUUAAAUCGAUCGAUGAAUGAAAUCGAUGGAUGGAAAUUGUUUUGUUCAUCUCUUGGCAAUUCUCCUUUAUUUGUCGACAAUCAACAAACAAUUGGUCAUCAAACAUUUAUAUUUGGUUUACGCGAAUUGACUUCAUUCGAAUCCAAUGAAUUCUGUUCAAAUGGAACUCUUCCAAUUCCAACUGAUCCAGUUCAUUUCACUUCAGAUUAUCAAACGAGAGUUUAUAUAUCAGGUUGUUAUUAUCUUAAUAAACAAAAUCAAUGGAAAUCCGAUGGAUUAAUUGUUGGAUCAAAAACAAAUCAUUAUGAAACCGAAUGUUUUUCUACACAUUUAACAAAAUUCGCAAGUGGAUUUGUCAUUUUACCCGAAAUGAUCGAUUGGAAUUAUGUUUUCAACAGUGCAGAUUUUCACAAAAAUAAAACAAUUUACUUAACUGUCAUCACUGUUACCCUCAUCUACAUUACUCUGAUGAUCUAUGCACGGAAAUACGAUAAAAAAGAUUUUGAAAAAUUGGGUGUAACACCUUUGUCUGAUAAUCGAUCAUCGGAUAAUUAUUUUUAUCAAUUGAUCGUUUUUACUGGUCAUAGAAAAGAUUCAGGAACAAAAUCCAAAGUUCAUUUUGUUUUAUAUGGUGAAAGUGAAAAAACUCGUAUUCGAACAUUCGAUGAUCCUCAAAGAGAAAUUUUUCAACGUGAUGGAAUUGACUCAUUUAUCAUGAGAGUUCCAAAAUCAUUGGGAUUAUUAAAUUGUCUUCAUAUUUGGCACGAUAAUUCUGGGAAAGAUUCCUUUGCAUCUUGGUUUCUUAAAUAUAUAAUUAUUCGUGAUUUACAAACAAUGGAAACAUUUCAUUUUAUUUCCCAACGAUGGUUUGCAGUGGAAAAAGAUGAUGGAAAAAUUGAACGAGUAUUUCCAAUUGCAAAUGAAGAAGAAAAGAAGAAAUUUUUAUUUCUUUUAUCGAAAAAAGCCUUUCAUAAUUUCUCCGAUGAACAUUUAUGGUUUUCAAUCUUUGCUCGUCCACCAUCGAAUCAAUUUUCACGUGUUCAACGAUGUACUUGUUGUUUUGUUUUACUGUUCAUUUCAAUGCUUUCGAAUAUCAUGUAUUAUGAUCUCUCAAAUGAAGCCCAAGUCAAGAAAGCAACGAGUCUAUCGUUCGGAACAUUUUCCAUCACAUCAGAUCAGGUUCUCAUUGGCAUAGUGAGUGAAUUGAUCUCAUUGAUUCCAAGUAUUUUGUUGAUUCAAAUGUUUCGUCGACUUCAAUCCCGUCAUAAUCGAAUAAAGUCAACCUGCGAAGAGAACAAGAAGAAACGUUCAUUAACAUUUCCAUGGUGGUGUUUAUUCGUUGCUUAUGGAAUUUCUCUUCUGCUAGUUAUCAUUUCGAUUUUCUUUAUCAUUGCUCGUGGAAUUGAAUUCGGUGAUGUGAAAAGUCAACGGUGGCUUGUUUCAGUUCUUUCGUCAUUCUUCUCAUCGAUUCUUCUGACCGAACCAAUUAAAAUUUUAUCUUUGGGAAUAUUUUUUGCAUUUGUUUGUCGCAAAUCGAGAAAUGAAGAUGAAGAAGCAAAAGAAUAUUUCGAUGAAAAUCAAUUCAUGUUGAGCAAAGGUGAAGAAAAUCUUCAUUCAUCAAUUGAAAUUCUUCCAUCGACUCGUCCUAAUCGAUUAACUCCAAAUGAAAUCGCUUGUGCUCGACAAAUUCGUCUUCGUGAACUUCAAAUGUGGAAUAUUAUUCGAGAAAUUCUCUUUUCGAUUUGUUUUCUUUCUCUUCUCUUCGUAAUUGUUUAUUCAAACCAUAAUGAAAACGCUUCGUUUCAAGUUCGACAUCUUCGAAAAUCAUUCCCAGUGGAAAUCUCAUCAGUGAAUGAGUAUUGGGAAUGGUUAGAAGAAGAUUUUGUUGGAAAGAUUCGUGCACACAAAUGGUACAAUGGAAAGAAUGUGGAAUAUCUUCGUGGACAUCUCAAUGACACUUCAAAUCGACUUCUCGGUUGGGCAUUGAUGAAGCAAUCACGAAUUCGAACACAACUAUGCCCAAAACGAAUCAAAUUACAUUCAAUUUGUCGAAAUGAUUUGAGUUUAUCAAAUGAAGAGAAACGUUCUUUUUCUCCUGGAUGGUUUGAACAUUCCACUUCGUUAUUUUCUUCAUCAAUUUCUCAAUCAUUUCAAUAUAAAUCCAAAGAUCGUGGAUACAUUUAUGAAUUUCGUGGUUCAAUGAAAGAUCUUCGAGGAAAUCUUUCCGAACUUCAUCGAUUCCAAUGGAUUGAUCAACAAACACGUCAAAUUCAAAUCCAAAUGUCACUUUAUAAUCCAAAUGUGAAUUUAUUUACUUUUGUGAAACUUCAAACACAAUUUGAUUCAACAGGAAAUAUUGAUUUUCAAUCUCGAUUUGAACCAAUUCAUUUUUAUGCUUUUACAUCAUUUUCUCAAUUAAUUUGUACAAUCAUUUACUUAUUGUUGAUUCUUUAUAUGAUUUUCAAUGAAAUUCGAUCGAUUGUCAAUUUCAAAUGGAAAUAUUUGCUUAAAUUUUGGUCAACAAUCGAUCUGGGUCUAAUCAUUUGUUCGAUUUCAUCGAUUGGAAUUUACUUUUUUCGAUAUAAAACCGGAAAAGAAAUUGGAAAAUUGUUUCGUGAAAGUCAAGGUGAUAUUUAUAUAAAUUUAGAAGAAUCCGUUUAUUUCAAUGAUCUUUUGAAUUAUUUUUACGGUUUUUGUUGUUUCUUUGGCACAAUUAAACUUCUUCAUUUAUGUCGAUUUAAUCGUCGUUUAUCUUUAUUCGCAGAAACACUUCGUUUAUCAACAAAAGAAUUCGUUUCAUUUUCAUUAAUGUUUUCAAUUCUUUUCAUUUCAUUUCUUUGUUUAUUUUAUCUUCUUUUUCUUUCAAAAAUCCAGUCUUGUUCAACUUUAUUCGACACAUCACAAAUGUUAUUUGAAAUGAUUUUAAUGAAAUUCGAUUCGGAUGAAUUAUCUCGUGCGGGAACAUUUCUUGGACCAUUUUCUUUAACUUUAUUUAUUCUUCUCGUUGUUUUCAUUUGCUUAAGUAUCUUUUUAUCAAUUAUCAACGAUAAUUUUCGACUCGCGCGGGAAAAAGUCAUCGAAGAUCCGGAAGUAUUUUCAUACAUAAUCAAGAAAUUUCUUCAAUGGACAGGAAUAAGAAAACGACCUGAAUGGGAAAUUCAAGAAGAAAAAGAUCAACAAAUGCGUGAGAGAUAUUUCCACACAACCGAUACACUUCGAUUGCGAACAAAUCAAUUGGCCAAUCAGAUAAAUCGAAUGUAUUUUAAUCAACGAACAACAAGUGUCUAA